AUGGCUACCACCAAACGAAAAUAUAGCAUCGUUGCACAAAGUGAACUUGAUUAUGAAAAUCCGUUGUUAAAUGGUAAAAAAAUUCGUAAGUCCAACGGUAAAAAUAAAUUCAAACUUGAUCUUCUAUCCCGUUGGUCUGGCGAUGUUUCGAAUACCAAUCAGUAUCAUCCAAGUAAAAACAAAAUCAAAACGAAGUCUCAAUCGACUCUAUCUGAAUUGCCCGAUGAAAUUCUUCUGCUAAUUUUAAGUUAUUUGAAUAAACCAUCACUUGUUGCGUUUAGUCAAACUUGUCGACGACAUCAAGCAGUCGGGCAUCAUCCAUCAUUAUGGCGACGGAUUGAUAUGUCUUACAAACGUGUCGACUGCGAACAAUUGAAUAGACUUUUACAACGUGGAACAACAACGCUGAAAAUGUACCAAACAACAGUUAGCAAUUUGAAAUUGAUUUCGAUCGAACCAUCGUUUUUACGUCAUCUUGAUUUAUCAUCAACAGUUGCAUCCAACGAAUUUCUCGUCAAUAUACUUCAUUCAUGCCGUUCCUUAUGCAAACUGAGUUUAGAAUCAUUACAAUUGACACCUAAAGUUAUCGAAAAGAUUGUUCUGAAUGAACAACUUGAAACCUUGAACCUUGCCAUGUGCACAGGUUUAACUUUGGAAUCUAUUCAAUCGAUAACAAACAAACUUACAUUGUUACGUUGUUUGAAUGUUGCUUGGACAAAUCUAACUGCUGCAACUGUUCAGUAUCUUUGUGAGAAUAUACCAAGGUGUAUUGAACAAUUGAAUAUCAGUGGACAACGGCAUAAUUUAACUGAUGACUUUAUACAAUCAUUGGCUCGUCGCGCUCUUCGACUACGAGUUCUCGAUAUUAGUGAUUCGAUUUUACUAACUGAUCAAUCUAUUAUAUCGCUUCGACUACACUCUCGUUUACUUACACAUCUCUCAGCAUCACGUUGUUACCUAUUAACAGCACCAGGACUCGUCACGUUAAAGUUAAUACCGACUUUUUCCACAUUGGAUAUUUUUGGAACAUUAGCACCGGGACCAUUGCAACAAUUAUUGCAAGAAUGCAGCACACGCAUUCAUUUAAACAAGUAUCUUUUCUCGAAUAUAGCCCGGCCAACAACAGGCGUUCACCGUACAUCGAUUUGGGGCUUACGUACGCGAUUGUAA